UCGACUCCCUCUGCUCUCUGGCGUCCCCAUCUGGCUGUAAGAUUCAUGAGGCAGGCAGCGAUCGCAGUCGCAGGCAGCUGCCCAAGGACGGUGCCGCACAUGCCACGGGCAUGCUUGCCCCAUAUGGUACCCUGAGCCCGGCGGCAGCCUUGCUCAUCGCUUUGCUUGUCCCCCUCCCUUUUGAUCCCAGUAAAACGUUUCCCGCUUAAGCUCGUCGCACUGUUCCUGUCGCUCGCCGCUCAGUCGCUCCCGCGUUCUUCUUUUUACUGCGCCAGUUAAAGGCCACCGCCGCCGUACACGUGCUGUGCUACCUACUUAAACGAGCCACAGGGAGGGCGGCAGCUGGGCUUGAGUGGCUGACUGCGCAUGCGGAUCCGCUCGGCUGCGCGCGCGGGCAAUCAGAGCCGCGGCACAGAGCAUUCAAUUCACUCGGGGUCGGUGGAUCAGCUCAGCGUGGCGGCGACCUUGAGAUGAGUCGCGCGGCGCAGACAGGAGGAGCCGGGGCCGGGGGCGGAGGCGCGGCGAGGCUCAAGGCGUCGCCGCGUGCGCUCUUCUCCUGCGGCAUCUUCAGCACCUGCACGCACCCUGCGCUGAGCCCGACGGCGACGCCCAACAACAAUGUGGUGUCGGGGAGCGGUGGCGGCGGCUCGGGCACGCCCUGCGCCGAGGCGUCGACCGCGUUGCCGGUGACGGUGGAGGCUGCGGCGGCGGCGUCGUCCACGCCACCGCCUCCGCAGCGGCAGCCGCACCACCAGCGGGCGCAGCGGAACGUCGGGCCGUCGUCGUCCUCCUCCUCGUCGUCCUCGUCCGCGUCGCAGAGCUUCACGCAGUGGAGGCUGCCGGUGCACCACCCGCAGCAGUCGCAGGCGCCGGCGUCGGCGUCCUCGAGCGGGGGGGACGCGCUGCUGGGCGCGGAGGAGAAGUUCGCGGCGGGGGAGGUGGUGGCGGCGCUGCGGGCGGUGGAGCGGGAGAUGGAGGCCGCGGCGAGGCCGGUGCCGGCGGGGGUGGUGGCCGGGGUGGUCGCGGCGGUGCGGGAGCCGUUGACGGCGCCGGCGCGGCUGGCCGCCAAGGCGCUGCUCGCCGUGCUGCUGGAGGAGGGGAACCGGGAGGCGGCGGUGGAGGCCGGCGCGGCGUCGGCUGCCGUGGAGGCGGUGGCGGCGUCCGGGCCGGCGGGGGCCACGGCCGAGCGGGCGCUGGCCGCGCUCGAGCUGCUGUGCACGGCCCCCGGCGGCGCCCCCGCGGUGCGCAGGGAGGCCCUGGCCGCGCCGGUGCUGGCGCGCGCGGUGGAGGGCAUGGCCGGCCGCGGCCGGGAGUGCGCCAUCGGCGUCCUGGCCGCCAUCUACGGCGCUGGCGGUGAGGAUGAUCGGGGGGCCUCGUCCUCGCCGCCUCCGCCGCCGGAGGUGGUGAAGGCGGUUGUGGCGGCGAUGCAGGGCGAGUGCAGCGCGCGUGGGCGGCGCAAGGGCGCGCAGCUGCUGCGCGCGCUGCAGCAGGCCGGCCGCCUCGGGCUCGCGUGGGACGGCGUCGGCGACCAGUGAGCCUCAGCGUGGCGUGGGACCCUGGUCGCAGUGACCAGUGCGAUGGAUUAGGUAGUUGCUGUGGGACCUAGGCUACUGAAGCGUGGGCCCGAGUGAGGACGGGCGGGGAGCAGUGUAUUUUGGCUUUGCAAACGGUGGAUGGGCUGAUUUGAUUGGUAUGUUGUGGUGGUCACCUUUUGUAGCCUGUGAUUUGUACUAUCUUCCUCGUGGAAAUUUAUCGCGCGGCGCGUCUGCCCUCUUGCCCUCUGACC